AUUUCUUUAAUUUUUGUUGGUGAUUUCUAAAAAGAAAAAGAGAGGAGAAAAAAAGAAGUAGCAGCGUAGUUAAAAAACGCGGCAGCACACAUAUAUUUAUCGGUGCAACGAAUUCUAGACCUUUCCACGUUGGUACAACAGUCCCUUACGGCGCAUGUUAGCAUAUCCUAGUCCCAAAGGAAAAGCGCGUGAACUCACGCGCCUGUGGCGUCCUCCUCUUGCAACCGUAGGGCACAAACUCUCUCUUUCUCGUUGUCUCCGUUUCGUUCGUGGCUCAGCUUCCCUUCGAUUCACCGACAUUCUUGUCCCUUGUUUCGGAUCCACCUUCGUUUCGAUCAAAUCUUAUUACUAUGAUGAGAAGAGAUCAAGUGUCUGCGGGCAAGGCGCCAUCCUUGGUUGACCUUUGUGUUCAGAAAGUGAUUGAUAAUAUAAGGUACCUUGGAAAUGUUGGUUCUGUUGAUGAUCAUCUGCUUGAGCGAAUCUUGCCCCAUUGCACACUUGACCAGUUGAUGCAUGUGGAGAAGGCCAGUGAAGGAAGUGAUCUGAGUCCUGUGACUGACAAAUUGUGGAAAAAGUUCUUUGAAAAGCAGUUUGGCACAAAUUGCACUAAUGAAGUUAUUCGGAGGAUGAGAGAAAAAAGAGUGUCAUUUAAAUGGAUGCAGUUGUAUGAGGCAAAAGUAAAGGAAAUGGAUCAGGCUGAGAACGAAGCACUUGACCGAAUCAAGAAACUCUACCAGAAAGAAGAUGCAAGAAAACAGAGUAGGCAAGUAAGGAUAUGCUCCAAAGUUCCACCUUCAAGUAAAAGAAGAUUUUGGGGAGAUAAUGGACCUGGAUACAAUGUAUCAAAUGUGAAGAGCAACAUAAUGAAGAAGGCAAAGAUAGAAUUUCUAAAGUGUCAUGAGGUCAAAAAUCUUGCAGCAAUGAAGAAAAAUUCUAUCCAGAGGAGUAGUAGUUCAUCAAGCAUCACGAAGACUGGAAGUAUUUCUGGAAUUGGUUCAACUUCUAAAGAUCCAAAUCUUCAAAAAGGAAAUUUUAGAGGCAGACUGUGAAAGAUAGAAAUGCUAUGUAUCAUGAUUUGCUUUUAAAUUGUGAUGAUAGUUGCUUUUAUUUCCAUGCUCAGAUAAAUUGGCUUCGUUUUCCCAGUAAGCAAUUUCACCUAUGUUUGCUCGCGUAGAUAGCAUCAAAGUAUGCAUGUUAAUUAUUGUAAUAUGUUGGAUUCCAUACACAAAUGAAAUUGCCGUUCAUUUUCA